GCCGCUGCUACUACUGCCGUCGUCAUCAUCGCGACACGUAGUACGUCGUCGUCGUCGUCUUCGUCACCCACGUCGCCGUCGCUGUCGCCGUCGUCGUCGUUGCUGCUGUGUUGCUACUGUUCGUUCAGAUUGCGCGUGCCAUCGUUGUCAGCGGCUUGUUCCAGCGACGUUCAACUUCGUCGACAUUUGACAUUUCCAGGCCGUCACGGUCGCAUCGUGCGCGCGAGGGAGCGAAAGCGCAGAGAAGAAACGAGGGGCGGCGAACGCGGAGACAGAGAGUGCUCGAUACUGGGACGAACCGAGAGAGCAAGAGAGAAAGCGGCGGAGCGCGCGGACCGAGAGAAAAAACGGGGAGAGCUCGUAUGAUCGGGGAAAGCUGAUUAUGAGUUGGAACGUUGGUGCAGCGGCGGGUCAGCAGCGCGCAUUCGAGCCGGUGAACGUGUGAGAAGGAUAAGAAGAGGGAAAGAGAGAAAGAGAGAGAGAGAGCGAGAGCGAGAACGGUCGUUUUUUUCAUUCGCGAUACACACGCACGGAUAUACGAUACGUCGUCCGUGGCCGCGAGAGACCAUCCGGAAUUUAACAGUAAAGUGAGAGUCGCAGACGUUUUCGCAGCAAAGUGGUGUUUCAACGGAGCCGCUCGCGGGAUAUCUGUAAGUGCCCGGCUGAAAAUUUCUCUUUGUGUUUUGUUGAUCGGUGAGGAGUCCGCCGAGACUCCGAAGAGGAGCGCUACGCAACGAGAAUUAGUUAUCCGCUGAUCGAGCAGAAGAUCCCCACCUCCCAUAAUCGUCAAGGUGAUCGCCAACAACACGGCAAGAUCGCGGCGCAACUCUCCGUGUGCUCCGGAGCAAGAACAGCAGGAACCGGAGUUCGACCGCGCGGGAGGAGCCAGCAGCGCGCCGAAUAAAUGACGUAAAUCCGAGGAACGGAAGCGCAACGUCACUCGCUAACUCGCAAUCCUCUCCUUCCCCUGCCCUAUCCACCCCCACCCCCCGCGGGAGUCCCCCUCUCUGUGUCUCGCGCCGUUUCCGCGCCUUCCCCUCCCCCCUCCCCCUGGAACCCCCCUUCGGCCCUUUCUCCGUCUCUAUCCUCCGUUCGGGUCCGACCCGGCACGACCCGACCCCUAGGCGCGACCCGGCCGGACCUUUGCCCUCUCUUCUCGCCUCUACCCGCCCGCUUUGUCGCCCGCCGUCUUCACGUGCUUACAACACUCUCUUACCGCCCCUAUUCGUCGUCUCCGUUACCACUCACUCGCACGCUUCUUCGGCGUCCACAUCCGCCCCGACGUCCCCUCGGAAUUCCGAAAUAACCGACUCGCGCGCGCCGGUGGUACCCGGCGCGUAGGGUUUCCACCUUUCCGCGCACGGAGCGGCCCUUUUCCUCCACCACCUCUCCUUUACUCUUGCUCUUCUUCUUCUUCUUUCUCCUCUUCUUCUUCUCCUCCUCGUCCUCUUCCUCCUCUUUCUCCUCCUCCUCCUCCUCCUCCUUCUUCUCCUCCAUCAUCUUUCUCCCUCCGUACAUAUCUCUGCUCCUACUUCGGCACCGACAGACCGCGGCGAACACGGUCCACCAGCAGCUCCUCCGCUACGAGACCACCACCGUGCGCGCGUCCUGCUCCUUCCACGUAGAGAGAGAGAGAGAAAGAGAGAGAGACUCGUCGCCGCCACCGCCGCCGCCGCCGCCGCCGCCGCCACCGCCGCCGCCGCCGCCGCCGCGCGAGACACGCGUUGGUUUGUGAAACCGGCUUGAAGGACGCCACGACCGGCUUUUCGACACACGCAUACGUAGGCAAACACACAUACGCGAGCGACAAGGCGCGCUCGAGCGCGCGCGCGCGCAUGCGAGAGAGCGAGCUCGCCCGUACACCCUCGGCGGCGCGACCAACUGCAGCCUGUGCCUGUGUGUAAAAGAAGAGAGAGAUACUUGUUGAAAAGCGCGCGGCUAGAGUGCACACUCCUGGUCGACGUUUAGCUUCGAAGGCUUUCAAGCUUUGCCAGACUACUACCACUACUACUGUGCUGCUGCUGUUACUAUUACCACCAUCACCACUACUACUACUACCACUACUACUACUACUACUACUACUACUACUACUACUACUACUACUAGUACUACUACCACCACCACUAUUACUACCACUACCACUACGCUUCCCGAGUGCGCCGCGCGAAGAUCGAAGGAGGGACAGAGGAAGUAGAGUGAACGAGGAGUCGAUAGAGAGAUCGACGACCUUCGCCGUCGUCUUAUCACCGAGCCAAGGAGCGGCCGUCAUCUCGCCUAAAACCGGCCGGAGCCCGAGCCUAAUCGCUGUCGAUAUAGCUUCACCUCUUCGCUUCUUCUUACCCCGAGGCCAGCGACGGGGAUACUCGGUCUUCCAGCAGUGGAAGAAUGGCAAUGGUCAACAUGAAUAACCUACUGAACGGCAAGGACUCGCGGUGGCUGCAGCUAGAGGUUUGCAGGGAGUUCCAGCGCAACAAGUGCAGCAGGCCCGACACGGAGUGCAAGUUCGCCCAUCCACCAGCUAACGUCGAGGUGCAGAACGGACGGGUCACCGCCUGCUACGACAGUAUCAAGGGUCGAUGUAACCGGGAGAAGCCGCCGUGCAAGUAUUUCCAUCCUCCACAGCACCUGAAGGACCAACUCCUGAUAAACGGGCGCAACCACCUAGCGUUGAAAAACGCACUGAUGCAGCAGAUGGGCCUCACGCCGGGUCAGCCUCUCGUGCCUGGCCAGGUACCAGCAGUGGAGGCAACGGCACCUCCGGCACCACACCAUCACCUUCAACAGCAAAUCCAGCAGCAACUUCUCGCUACCCACGCCUUUAUGGCGACGAAUCCGUACCUGACCGGUAUGCCGCAGGUUGGCAAUACGUACAGCCCGUACUUCGCGCCCAGCCCGAUAAUGCCGGCGAUAAUGGGCCCGGCAGACCCGACGGGCGUCGGCAGUCCGCUCGGCGUGGUGCCGCAGACGGUGGCGAUGCCGCAGAAGAUGCCGCGUACCGACCGCCUCGAGGUAUGUCGCGAGUUUCAACGCGGGGCGUGCAAACGCGGCGAGACGGAGUGCCGGUUUGCGCACCCCCUCGAGACGGUGCAGGCGAACGAGGACGGCUCUGUGACGGUCUGCAUGGACGCUGUCAAGGGCCGAUGCAAUCGGGACCCCUGCCGCUAUUUCCACCCCCCUCUGCACCUUCAAGCCCACAUUAAGGCCGCACAAUCUCGGGCUAGCAUUGCGACGGCGACGAUGCCGACGAACGUGACGGGAAUAGAUGCGUUGGCUGGCGGAGUGUCAGGAGUGCCGGCAACUGCGAUGCCCGGAGGACUUCAGAGCGCCGGUAUGGCGAGCAUCGAGCUCGGCAAGAAGCGGAUGCGCGACUCCAAUGAUGAUCUGCUAAUGAUGGACAUGAAGUCUGUCGGGUCGUUCUACUACGAGAACUUUACCUUCCCAGGGAUGGUUCCGUAUAAACGACCGGCGGCCGACAAGUCCGGCGUGCCGGUCUAUCAGCCUACCGGCGCGACGACCUAUCAGCAGUUAAUGCAGCUGCAGCAGCCGUUCGUGCCUGUGUCAUGUGAGUACACUGGAACACCACCCCUACCCACCCAAACCUCUAACCAAUCGGUCGUGCAACCCCCCAACGUGCAAAGCAACCACCACGCGAUGGUGGUGCAGUCGUCCUCCUCCCAGGGAGCCGCUGGCGCCACAGUCAAUAACUGCGCCGACGCCAACAAUGGCGUGCUGAUGGAUCCCUGCAACAAUCCGCCGCCGCCACCUCCGACCGCCGACAAUAACAGUAACAAUAAUAACGGCAAUAACAAGCAGCCGGUUAGCGCGCAGAAUCACGACGCCGAGAACGCGCGCAACUCCCCCGAAUUGAAACACUCGAGCCCGUCGUCGUUGCAGCAGCAACAGCAGCAGCAGAUACAGCAACACCAGCAUCAGCAGCAGCAGCAUCAGCAGCAUCAGCAGCAGCAACACCAGCAGCAGCAACACCAGCAACAGAUGAGCCAGCUGGCGUUGUCGGCGGCUGCCUGCGUGCCGCCGGCGAUGAGUCCGUUGACCUCGAUGGCCGGCGGCUUGAGCUCGAUGCCCAGCAUGGUGAACAUGGCCUCGAUGGCCUCCAUGGCGAAUAUGCCGUCUAUAACGAGCAUGAGCUCCGUCGGCAGCUACAACGCCGCCGCCGCGGCGGCCGCCGCCUCCAACAUGGCGGGUCUGAACAUGCUCAACAGCCUCGGCAUGGCGUCCGGUUUACCAGCCCCUCUCGAUCCCGCGGCUCUCGCUAAAGAGGUCGCCCAGAAGAACUACGCCAAGGCCAUCAAGCUGUCGCAGGCGCCGCAGUCUUACGCUGGCAUCAGCCAGCUCGCCGCGCUCAAUUACACCGGCGUGGCUCUCAAUAAGCAGAACCUCGUGAAUCCGGCCGCCGCUGCAGCCGCCGCCGCCGCCGCCGCCGCGGCGGCGGCCGGGAAUCCCGCGGUGGCCGCUGGUCUGCAGGCCACCGCGACGACUCCCAGGCCGGUGAUCCCGAGUCUGGCCGGUAUCCCGGGCGCUCUGACCUCACCCGCCCUGUCCGCGGGCAUCCUGGCGUACUCGAGACCGCCGCCCACGGCGACACCUAUCAAUCCCUAUUCCCUCAUCAGGCAGCAGAUCCUGCCGAAUCCCUACGUCCAGGCGUCGAUACCGACCGUGCCUGGCGCGACCAUGCAGACCUCACCCUACGUCCAGAAUCCGUACGCCGUGUUGCCCGGGGUAGCGACCAGCGUGCCCGGGGUAGCGGCCGGCGUCGCAGCCGCGGCCGCGGCCGCGGGGGUGCCGCAGAUACCGCAGAUUGGCAAUCCGGCGACGAUAGCGGCGCAGCCGCAGGUGGCGAUCCCCGUCAGCUCCGGCGUCAUCAUGCAGCCGUACAAGAAGAUGAAGACGUCGUAAACGCAGCUCGCGCGGCACGCAGCAGCAGCAGCAGCAGCAGCAGCAGCCGUCUCGGGAGGGCUCUCGUCUCCCUCUUCUCUCGCAAGAACGACAGCCGGUCCCUUCCUCUGAGCGCCUUCCGUUCUCUCCCUCGCGAUGAACGAGUCCACCGCGGCCGCCAGCCGCUCAAGUUUCGCCGUCGCCGCUGUCGCCGUCGUCGCGUCGACAGUGUUUUAGAUAAUAAUUCUAGGGUGUCCUUGUACGAUUAGCAGUCAAUUAUUUUACGUACACGUCCGAGAACGUGAACGCGCGCGCGCGCGCGAGAGAGAACGACCCCCGCGAGUAGAAUUCCACGGGGUUAUUUAGGUAUUUAGCGAACAGUUUAGCGUUCGAGCGGCUGUAACGACACAUACGUCCGGCGAGGGAAU